UGCCGCCGCCUCCGUCGCCGUAGCCGCUGCCGGUGCCGCCGCCACCGCUAGCGAGGCCGAGCGGAGCCGUUAGCGCCGCGCCGCCGCCCCUCGCCCACCUCGGAGCAGCCCUGGGCCCGCCCGCCCGUGUCCAGAUUUUUAAAAAAUACAAUGUCUAAUGGUUAUGAAGACCACAUGGCCGAAGACUGCAGGGAUGACAUCGGGAGAACAAAUUUAAUAGUCAACUACCUCCCUCAGAACAUGACCCAGGAUGAGUUGCGAAGUCUGUUCAGCAGUAUUGGUGAAGUCGAGUCUGCAAAACUUAUUCGGGAUAAAGUUGCAGGACACAGCUUGGGCUAUGGCUUUGUGAACUAUGUGACUGCAAAGGACGCGGAGAAAGCAAUAAACACACUGAAUGGCCUGCGGCUCCAAUCCAAAACCAUUAAGGUGUCAUAUGCUCGCCCAAGCUCAGAGGUCAUCAAAGACGCUAACUUGUACAUCAGCGGGCUCCCCAGGACCAUGACCCAGAAGGAUGUGGAGGACAUGUUCUCUCGAUUCGGGCGAAUCAUCAACUCCCGAGUCCUUGUGGACCAGACGACAGGUUUGUCCAGAGGGGUUGCGUUUAUCCGGUUUGACAAACGGUCGGAAGCAGAAGAGGCAAUUACCAGUUUCAAUGGUCAUAAACCCCCAGGUUCCUCUGAACCCAUUACAGUGAAGUUCGCAGCCAAUCCCAACCAGAACAAAAAUGUGGCGCUGCUCUCCCAGCUGUACCACUCGCCAGCUAGACGGUUUGGAGGCCCCGUGCAUCACCAGGCACAGAGAUUCAGGUUCUCCCCUAUGGGUGUAGAUCACAUGAGUGGGCUUUCUGGUGUCAAUGUCCCAGGAAACGCGUCUUCAGGCUGGUGCAUCUUCAUCUACAACCUUGGUCAAGAUGCCGAUGAGGGAAUCCUCUGGCAGAUGUUUGGCCCCUUUGGCGCAGUCACCAAUGUGAAAGUGAUUCGCGACUUCAACACCAACAAGUGCAAAGGCUUUGGUUUUGUGACCAUGACAAACUAUGAAGAAGCCGCGAUGGCCAUAGCAAGUCUGAACGGCUACCGCCUGGGGGACAAAAUCUUACAGGUUUCCUUCAAAACCAACAAGUCCCACAAAUAACUCACUCAUGCUUUUUUGUACGGAAUAGAUAAUUCAGAGUGAAGAAGUUGAAACUUUUUUGUUAGUGUACAACUCAUUUUGCGCCAAUUUUCACAAGUGUUUGUCUUAGUCUAAAUGAGAAGUGAAAAGGUUUUUAUACUCUGAGAUGCAACCAACAUGUUCAAAUGUUUGAAAUCCCACAAUGUUAGACCAACUUUAAGUUUCUUAAGUUAUUUCCUUUAAAAUAUAUAUUAAACAGAAAUCUAAGUAGACUGCAUUGACUAACCAGUCCCUCGGGAUGGUGGUGAAACUGAAGCAUGCUUUAACUUCUAAGACUGUCUAACACCCACUUCAUUCGGUGUCUCCACAAACUGGAUAAAAAAAAUGACCUUUUAAUUUUCGUUUUUAAACUAAAGAUGUUAGACAGAUGCUGAGUGUGCGUUUUCUCAACUGCUUCAACAUUUUAAGCAGUUUCUGCUUUGGUUGACAUGAAAUUGCUUCCCCAAGCAGGUCCCAUUGCCACCUUCUGGUCACUCAGUCCUGGGUUCUGCCAAGUAGUCCUGACAGUGGCCAAGGGCCACCACUGGGGACAGGGCACAAGCUGGGUCAGGCCCUCUAAAGGAGGACACAAUGUUUUCUAAGCCCAGACGUCAAUGGGAACGGACCAAAGAGUUUCAGGGAAACUCCAUAUAUUCCUGAAUCAGAUCUAAGCCCCAGGCACUCCUGAAGAUGUGUAGCUACUCUGACAUUCUGAGUUCCUGUCCACACAUUGCAUGCACAGUGCCCCACACAUCAGAUAUUGUUGUUCUAGCCAUUUCUCCAGUUUCCAAAAGCAUUUAACAUAGCUCGAAUGCAUAAGAUAGCUCUAUUUUUAAUAACAUGAACAUUUGAGCAUUAUAUUUCUCAUAUCCCUUGUGAGUGCUAGACUUUUUUCUACUUUAGUCGGAUUUUGUUUUGAAACUUUGCUUUCAUAUGAACACUCAGCAGGAAAGUACUUACUUCUUGCCAAUUAUCUAUUAACGAAAAAAAGAAAACCUUUGAUUUGUAGUUUUAAAGAUUAACCCUCAAAAAAGUUCUCUUCAUUAUUGCUUUGACAUUUUGGGUUGUUCUGUUAAUUUUCUUUUGCUUUUUUGUGUUUUUUGUUUGUUUUUACUUUUGCAUUUAAGACCAUUAAAUUUGAUUUUGUUUUGCUCAAA